GCAUCAGAGGCAGCAUUCGGUUGUUUCCGAGAUUGACACAGGAUGGCUGCGCUAAAACUCGUGUUGGCAGUCGCGCUAAUGUUGGCAAUUGCUGUCAAAAGCGAGGAAGUGGGAAGAUUUAUUUCCCGAAGAGCAAGUCAGCGCGAUCUCGUGUUCGCGCCCAUCGCCCUCCCCUCCGCCCACGCCCGCAACAUCCGCCUUCGACGAGAUUCCGGCUACGCUGCCCCCGCCCACGCCCCCGCCCACGGCUACUCGAAGCCACGGGGUAAAGUGGGUCCCGUUUAUACCUUCGUGAAAACAGAUUACAAUGGAAACUUCAAGUGGGGUGUGAGGCACAGGGCAGGUGCGCAGUAUGGAGGACAUGGCCACUAACGCGGACAUGAUCGGUAUAUAUAUAUAUAUA